AUGGAAAAAAAUGAGGAGCGUGCCAGACAGUUACUUAAAUGGAUAGAUGCAAUUUCAUCUGGGCAGUUAAAAGAUCCUGGAGCUGUAUUUGCAGUGGUAACACAUGGAGCUACAAAUUUAUCGAACGCUAUGACUAUUGCAUCCGAAGCUUUAAGGCAUUGUCCUAGAAACCAUACCUCUCCUGCGAAAAAUUAUACUAUAGUUAAUUACAGACCUCGCGGAGUAUCUUACGACCAAGCAAAGCCGUUCAAACUCUUUGACAACAACUAA